GUUCCAGGCCUGAACUGGGUUUGCUGCGGAGCUGCUUUCAUGGAGACCCUGCUUAAGCGGGAGCUGGGCUGCAAUUCAGUCAAAGCUACGGGCCACUCAGGAGGCGGGUGCAUUAGCCAGGGCCAGAGUUAUGACACGGACAAAGGACGCGUGUUUGUGAAAGUGAACUCCAAGUCAGAGGCUAAAAGAAUGUUUGAUGGCGAGAUGGCGAGCUUGACCGCCAUUCUGAAGACAGGCACAGUCAAAGUACCAAAACCUAUCAAGGUUCUGGAUGCCCCAGGAGGUGGGAGCAUGCUAGUGAUGGAGCAUCUGGACAUGCACCAUCUGAGCAGCCAUGCCGCCAAGCUUGGAUCCCAGCUUGCAGAUCUACACCUUGAGAACAAGAAGCUUGGAGAAAGGCUCCUGAAGGAGGCUGGCACUGUGGGGAAAGGAGGUGGACUGGCGGAGCGGCAGUAUGUGGACCAGUUUGGGUUUGAUGUGGUAACAUGCUGUGGAUACCUCCCCCAGGUAAAUGACUGGCAGAAGGAUUGGGUCACGUUCUAUGCCAGGCAGCGCAUUCAGCCCCAGAUGGACAUGGUGGAGAAGAAGUCUGGGGACCGGGAAGCUCUUGGGCUGUGGUCUGCUCUGCAGUUGAAGAUUCCUGACCUGUUCCGUGAUCUGGAAAUUGUGCCCUCCUUACUUCAUGGAGACCUCUGGGGAGGGAAUGUAGCAGAAGAUUCCUCCGGGCCCAUCAUCUUUGAUCCAGCAUCCUUCUAUGGCCACUCAGAAUAUGAGCUGGCAAUAGCCGGCAUGUUUGGGGGCUUCAGUAGCUCCUUUUACUCUGCAUACCAUAGCAAAAUCCCCACCACCCCAGGAUUUGAGAAACGCUUGCAGUUGUAUCAGCUCUUUCACUAUCUGAACCACUGGAAUCAUUUUGGAUCUGGGUACAGAGGCUCCUCUCUAAACAUAAUGAGGAAUCUUAGCAAAUGAACCAGCUUCCCCCUAGAGGGAAGAGUCUCUUAUGAGCGUGCGGGGUCUUCUAAUAAGACAGCUCUACAUCCAGAUCAAGUCUUACCAUCAUAAGCAUCACUGUGAACUGAGAGAAGUGCCUCGGGGUCAGGUGACCUGAUUCCAGCUAUUGGUUGAGGAGCUCAUGAUUCUCCACAGUCCCUUUCCUCAUGAAGCCUUCCCAUUUAUUCCAUGGCAGGACUUGCUUAAGAUCUCUUGUUUCUUUUUUUUUUUCCCCCUUUUUUUCCUAUUCUCUCAUUCUGACUGCAGUUUCCCCUCCUUCCUUCCCCUCCUCAGAAUCUCCUCUGCCACUCCCCCCAGGGACAUCAACCAAGCACAGCGUAACAAGCUACAAUAAGAUCAGGCAUAUAACAUCACAUCAAAGCUGGAUGAGGCAACCCAGUAGGAGGAAACGGGUCACACAGUAGACAAAAGAGUCAGGGACACCCUCCGUUCCCAUUGUUAAGAUUCCCACAAGAACACCAAGCUAUUCAGCCAUAACGUAUAUGCAGAGGACUGAGGUCAGACCCCUACAGACUCCUGAUCACUGCAAGCCCCCGAGUACAGUCAGUCGAUUCUGUGGGCUGUAAACUUUGUGAAGUACGGGCUCUCUCAGAGGAAGGGCUAUGUCAUUCUGUUGUGUACAUUAUAAGACUGCCUGGCUAGAUCAGGCCUCCCUGAUGGUGUGAACAGACUUACUGAAGUUUAGGUAUAGUGAGCCACGCUCUACUGCCAAGGUAGAGAACUGGAGUGACUGUUGGCGUGGUGAGGGGUGUUCCCCAUGCAGGGAAGUGGCCAAUGUGUCCACCUCCCAUCUCUUCCUUGCACAUUAUUAACAUUUCUGAGCCAUUCACAGUGAUGCUUUGUGAUGAGUAGACCUGAUCUAGCAUGGAGUCACCUUAUGAGAAGAUUUGAAUGAUGACCAAUUCUAAAAUCAAUGGUAUUCCAUUUGCUUAUGUAGCACUUCUGGACCCUGCUGUAAGCUGAGCAGUCUAGAGAUUGGUUUGGGGACUGACCAAGCUACCAACCUUAGGGGUAACUUGGUCUCGAUUUAGGAGCCUGGAAAUACUCCUGUUAGACCAACCUUGUGCUCUUUUAUCUCUCUCUUUCUUUCUUUCUUUCCUCCUUUCCUUUCUUCCUAUGGUUUUUUGUUUAUUUGCUUGUUUUGUUUUAUAAGACAGGGUUUCUCUGCAUAGUCCUGGCUGUCCUGGAACUUCCUUUGUAGACCAGGCUGGCCUCGAACUUGGAGAUCCACCUGCCUCUGCCUCCAGAGUGCUGGGAUUAAAGGUGUGCGCCACGACCAUCUGGCUUUGUGCUACUUUCUAAAGUUGUCAUUCCUUUGUAACAUAUGAGCAUCAGAUUAACAUUUUUUUUCUCUUUCAACAUUGUAGAAAUGGAAAAUUUCAUGAAUGAUGUUGAUGUUAAUAAAUCUUUUUGCCUAAGAACUUAAA